AUGGCACACCCAUUCCUCAAACAGGCGCCGGCAAUCAGCAAGAGAGAACUUGCAGCCCUGGACACCUACUCGCUGCGCGAGAUCGACCUGGAGGACUCGGAGAGGCUGAGUGACGAUGUCGCCCAGAAUGGCACCGCUGAGACAGCUCGUUCCAACCUCCAGCGUACAUACUCACGGAGAGGACGGAAGGCACGGGGGGCUCCUAGUACGUCGGGAGGCCCAAAGAGUUCCACCACGGGCACCUGGAAGAGAAUCCCGAAGAGGACUAUCACCCAGCCAGGAGAGAUUGUCCUACCAACACCUCUUAUCCGCCGGGCUCGAGGCCAGCAAUUGUCGUCACCAAUACAACAACCACCAUUGGCAGACGCAGGAGGGGGUGUAGCUGGGAAAAAGCGGUUCGCGGCGCUCCAAGGCCAGCGAACCCCGUCUGUCAUCGCAGCACUUGAGAGCGAGAUGCAGCCGCUUCGCAGCCGCGUCUCGCCAACCAAGUUCUCGCUCUAUGAUUCCAUACUCCGAGCCGUCCAUGCCCUUCUCACAGCCACUGCAGCGUCGUCCUCAAACUCGCUAGGGCACAGGUCUCUCGUUGCGAUGUGCCUCCGCAAGGUCCCUGAGUACAUCGGCGAGCUCGAGUACUGGGAGCAACGUGACGCGGAGGAGCAGGGAACCAAGUCGACGCUGCAAAACUCAGAUAUCUCAAAUGAGAUCUACGGCCAGGUCGAGGCCAUGCUGCCGGCGAGCCAUGGAGCCGGUCAUCUCAGAAUGGUCGUCCGAGCCCAUUGUGUCAAGGUCGUCAGAGACUCAAUAGCCGAGGGCCUGCUGGACGACGGCUUUUCGAUAUUGCUCAUCAAGCUUUGCUGCAAAACAAAGUCUUUCCGGGAGGGCGAGGAAUUGUUGCGAGAACUGACUGACCGUUCUUAUCCAAAGCCCAAGGGCGUCGACAGCACAUUCGAGGAGAGUCGCAAGCUCGCAACACUGAAAAUUCUGAGGGACUUUGCGAGGGAGUCCGACAGACCACAGUUCAUGCAGCGACAGCUCUGCAACUUGCUAUCCAAACAACAACUGCCGCUCCUUUGGCUAUCUACCAAAGAAUUUGGUUUGAUAUGCCAAGAGAGCAGGGAGAGCAGACAGCACUACGAAGCAAUGACAGCGCUCAUCGGCUCUAUCGCGCAGUGCUGUGGCCGAGGGUCAACCCAACCGUCGCACUACUAUCUGACCAAGCUUUGUGAUCAGCUCGAGCUGGAGUUGUCUCCUGAGUGUCCCCCAAAGACAUUGCGGAUGGACUGUGCCUUCAUCCUGGCAGAGCGGACCAACGAUCUCCGCGAUCUCGCUUUCGCUGAGUCACUUGACGCUGCCGGAUGCACACAGGAAGUCUUACCAACACCUCGGAGAAAGUCCGCAUCGUCAUCCUAUCGUUGGGACGAAGACAUAUGCGAGUGGAUCACGGUCACUCCAGCGCCAAUGCAGCGACAACGACAGCGACGAAGCUUGUCGUCCAGUCUGUCGCCACUGCCGGGACAGAACCUUGGUCCCGGUGGGGGGCAGGAUGCAGACUCGGCGAAACGACUUCAGCCGAAACAGAGGCAGAAACUUGCUCGCGGCGUGUCAGCUCACGCAGAUUCUGCCGUCAAAACAUCAAGGCGGCUCCGCAGCGGCACAUCACUGGGCAAGCGGGACUUGGAAGCGCAUCAAUCGGCCGAUCCGCUACUAGAUGAUGGUGAUGAUGAGGGUGUUGAGGCUCUGGGCGCCCAGCGCAACAGCAGCAAUGAGAAUGGGCUGUCGCCUCGCCAAGAUGGCGCAAAGAGGCGUCGCACGACAACGCUGAAACCAUCUCGGGCCAUUUUGAAAACAAUAACCAACAUUGCUCGCGACGAUGCAUGCAGCGAGGACGAGCUCGGCCUCUGA